AUGGCACCAACUGUGAAGAGCGAGAAGCCUGAGGCUCCUCCCCGUCUGGAGGACCACAGUGACAUCAUCGAUGCCUCGACCUUUGAGCAAAUCCUAGAGAUGGACGAUGACGAUGACCGUGAUUUCAGUAAGGGAAUCGUGUAUGGCUUUUUCGAUCAGGCCAAGACUACCUUUGAGAAGAUGGAGACCGCUGUUAAGGAGAAGCAGCUGGAUGAACUCUCAUCCCUGGGCCACUUUUUGAAGGGGUCUUCUGCAACUCUGGGUUUAACCAAUGUGAAGGAUGGUUGUGAAAAGAUUCAACACUUCGGCGCCGGCAAGGAUGAAACAGGUACUACAACACAGCCCGAUGAUGAAAUUUCCCUCAAGAACAUCAAGACCACUGUGGAUGAUGUGAAGAUCGCAUACGCCAAGGUGGAGAGAUUACUGCGUCGCUACUACGGCGAGAAGUUGCCAGAGAAGGAGGAAAAGGAAGAGGUUAAGGAGGAGGUCAAGGAGACCAAGGAAGAGGUGAAGGAGACCAAGGAGACCGAAAAGGAGGAGAAGAAGGAGACCAAGGAAGAUACCAAGGACGAGGAGCCCAAGAAAAAAUAG